GGAAGAGAAAGAAUUAUGCCGUUGAUAGCUUUAUUAUGGAAGGAAUGAUGUAAAAAAGUGGAUUUAAGGUUCGAGAUGUGUCACAGUGUUUGGCUGCCUCGGGAUUAAAGAUUGUUUGCUGCAAAGGAGAAAGCUAUAGCUCUGGAAGCUGCGGACCAGAACAAAGCCAGAGUUCCAUCUUCGGACUUGACGGCCACAUUAUUGGAAGUUGGAACUACUUGGAACUACGUUCCAAUAUUUUGAGUAAAGAACUCCCUUCAUUAAGAAGAGUGUACCAACUCUUCAUUCAAGAAGAACACCACAAGCAUCUGUCACGAACAAGAGGAGAGUGUGUUCCUUCCUCGGACUUGGCGGAGGAGGAAUCGUUUGCAGAAGAUUGUCACAACAGGGGGAAAAUAGAAAUCCGGCACAAGCCCGAAGUUCUCUAAUAGUUGCGGGACAGGAUAAACGCCGACAUAUUGGCGAUCCUGAAGAAGGCCAGGAGAUCACAUCAGGUCUGGGAAGAUGGACGAGUCCAAUGCGAUGUACCAGCGAUUGUCCGGUGCAAGGAAGGAACUCCGGUGGGCCGAAUGCAGCAUGAUGAAUGGGUUGAGGAAGAAGCUAAAGGAGUUGACCGAUGACUUUCAUAAGCUAUGAAGAAACUAAGCAUAUCUGCCAUUAAAGAAGCUUUGUGAGUACAUGAGUAAUCUGAGAGAAGAGAAAGAGAGUAUUCAUUCGAGAGAGUUAUUCCAUUACAAAGUUCAUGAAAGAUAUUUAUACAUGAGCUGACUAACAGAAUGAAACUAAUUAUUACAAACAGAUUUGACUAUUCUAACAAACAUUAGUCCUGCUCAUCAAGUUGACUUUCUUUGUAUUUUCUACAGUCCCCCCUCAAGCUGGAUUUGGUAGUUUAUUCACAAGUCCCAGCUUGACCACAAACUGCAAAUGUUGUUUCUCACUUAAUGCUUUGGUCAUAACAUCUGCUAUUUGAUAACUGCUUGGAAAUUAAGGAAUUUCCCAAGAAAAUACAAUAACCAGAUAAUGAUCUAGCUGUGAAAGGACAUGUACCCCAAUCAGCAUCACAAUAGCAUGUGAGGUUAGUAUUAGGAUCUGCUGAAUAAAACAAUCCUAAGUUGAAACUUCCUUUCAAGUAUCUCACCAAAUGUAGUGCUGCAUUUAAAUGUGUAAUCCGAGGUACACUGAGAAAUUGACUAAGUUGUUGUACAGAGUAUGAUAUAUCAGACUUGUGAGGUUGAGAUAAAGUAAUCUUCCAAUCAAUCUUCUGUAUACUUCAGGAUCUGACAUUAUCUCCCCUUCUUCUGUAGAUAAUCUGAGUCCUGUAGGAAGAGGAAAAUUUGCAGGUUUACAUUCUUCCAUAUGAGUAUCCUUAAGAAUAUCAAGAAUGUAUUUCCUUUGGUUUAAAAUGAUUCCUUCCUUUGAUCUUGCUACUUCAAUACCCAGGAAGUAUCUUAAUUCACCUAAAUCUUUUAUGGUGAAUGCUUCAUCUAGCAACUUCUUGAUUUUGCUGAUUUCUUCUUCAUUAUUUCCAGUGAUCAUUAAGUCAUCUACGUAGACCAAAAUGGCUACAAAUGAUCCAUUGUCAUCAGCUUUAGUAAACAAGGAAUAAUCAUUCUUGGAUUGACAAUAUCCAUGUUUUCUUAGGAACUUUGAAAGUUCAAUAUUCCAUUGUCUUGAUGCCUGUUUAAGUCCAUAAAGGGACCUUUUUAAUAGGCAUACUUCACCAGGUUUUGCUCCUUUAUAUCCUUCUGGGACAUCCAUGUAGACUUCUUCAUCAAGAAAUCCAUGUAAAAAUGCAUUACUAAUGUCCAAUUGAUGUAAUUUCAUGUCAUACUUUGCUGCUAUGGCAAUGAGUGUUCUGACACUAGUGAACUUGGCCACAGGACUAAAUGUAUGCUUGUAGUCCUUUCCUUUGAUUUGAUUAAAGCCUUUUGCCACUAACCUGGCUUUAAAUCUCUCAAUAUUUCCAUCUGGCCUGAAUUUGAUUUUAAAAACCCACUUGCUUCCAAUUGUUUUCUUUCCUGGAGGUAAUUGUACCAGAUUCCAGGUGUUAUUUUUCUCCAACGCUUCAAUUUCCAUAUCUAUGGCUUUAACCCAUCUAUCAUCAUUUUUUGCUUGAUGAUAACUUGUAGGUUCAUAAAUUUGUAAGACAUUAUUCAGUGAACUGAUAUACUCGUCACUUAAAUUCUCAAGGUGAUUAGCAUAAAGAGCAGAGAAAGCUUUCUCAAAAGAUCCUGAAGAUCCAAUAUAUUCUGAAUUUGUUGAAGAUGGAACAACCAGAGAUGGAGGUCGGUCAAGCUGGCAGGCUCCCGGUUGGACUGGUAGGCAGGUCUCAGGCUUGAGUUUGGGCCUGCUAACGCAAGGCAUGGGUUUGGGCUUAUUAAGCUCUGGACCUAAAUCCAUAACCCCACAUUUCUGUACUUUGAAAUAUUCAUAUACGAAAUGAAAUUGAUAGACAUUUUAGUUGUUAUCAAACCUUAGAUGAUUGAAAUUCCAAAUCUCAACCACUAAUUUAAAUUGCCAUAGAGGACUGAGUUUUUAUUUACAUCUCUCAGCACUAUUUUAUCAUAUUAACAUAUGUGUGGAGCUAAUCAACGGGAGUAUUGCUGAGAGGUAUUGGGUUUGAGUAUUUCCUUCAAUUAAUUGAUUGCUUGAUGCUAGUACUGUAUUGCAUUAGACCCUGAUGUGCAAAUAUUUAUGCUACUGGUAGAGAUAGACAAAUACAUCGUAUAUAUUGGUGUGUUUAAUGCGUUGUCCUGUUUAUUACUGCUAUUUCGACUUUCUGAUGUUCCCUGCUUCGGCGUCUUCCGCUUUUUCCGGUCAACUUAGGUUUCUGGUCGAUUAUGUUCCAUAAAUUUAUGAUCGUAAUCAGGGGCGGACCGUAGUACAGACCCAGGGGGGCUGCCGCCCCCCCAACAAUUUUUUUUAGUAUGUAUAUAUACAAAAUUUUUAUUUUUAUCCCCCCAACAUUUAAUUCUCGCCCCUCCAAGAAAAAUUUUGAACCCCCCCAAAAAAUAUUUUCUCCCCCAAAGCAUAGACCACUCGCAGAAACCCAAUUGUUUAAGAGCCUAAAAAAAUAGAAAUUUUACAAGUAAUAUUAUAUCAACUCACUCCAAAAUUUAUUCCCCAUUAACCCACCCCAAAAUCUAAUCCCAGCCCACCGCCCAGACCAAACUAAUGAAAAACAUGCGCACCUAGAAGAAAGAAACGGAAAGAUCGAUUAUUUUUAAAUGAUUGUCCUUAUGCCUACUAUGUUCAUUGCUGAGCACAUCAGUUGCAAUUAGCAUUGGUUGCUGCUUCAGUCUUUAUUAUUAAUGUGACUAAUUCUUCUUGCAAACGAAGUGAUGAAUUAAAGGAAGCUCAAGCACUUGAAAUUGCAAGAAUGUUGGAAAUUGUUUGAUUAGGAUGUUUGCAGCAACUUGUUUUGUUUUAGAAGACGAUGAAGAGAAUGGAAAUAACUAUUCUACUCGUGGAAAUGCAGCUAGAGAACUUAAGAAGAUUAAAUCUUUUGAUUUUGUUUUCUUGUUGCAUCUUAUUAAAGAAAUUAUGGGCAUUACAGAUCUUCUAUGUCAGCAUAUACAGAAGAAGUGCCAAGACAUAGUAAAUGCUAUGCAUUUGGUGUCAAGCACCAAAAUGUUGAUCCAAAAGUUAAGGGAGGGUGGAUGGGAUAACUUCUUAGAAAUUGUUAAAGAGUUUUGCACAAAGCAUGAAAUUGAAGUUCCUAAUAUGAAGUCUCCUUAUAUGGUAAAACGCAAACGCCAUGAUCAAGAAGGGUUUGAUAUUGAACGUCACUAUCGGGUUGAUAUGUUUUACGCAGCCAUAGAUUCAUAAUUGUUGGAGCUGAAUAACAGAUUCGGUGAACAGAUAAUGGAUCUUCUUACUCUUAGUGGUGCUUUGGAUCCUAAGGACUCAUAUAAGUCUUUUAACAUUGAUGAUAUAUGUUCUUUAGUGGAUAAAUAUUACCCCUUUGAUUUUAUUGAGCAGGAGAAGGUGAGCUUGAGGUUUCAAUUGCAACAUUAUAAGCUCAAUGUUCUAAACCAUCCAAAGUUGGCGAAUUUUUCUACAAUGGGUGAACUUUGUCAAAGAUUAGCGGAGACGGAGAUGUCAAAAGUGUAUUCUUAGCUUGUUGAUAAAUUCAUCCAACUUUUGUUGACUCUACCGGUUUCGACAGCAACAACCGAAAGGACUUUUUCCGCAAUGAAAAUUAUAAAAACAAGGCUUCGCAAUAAAAUGGAGGAUGAGUAUGUUGCAGACAACCUUAUUGUUUAUAUUGAAAGAGAAAUUGCUAAAACUUUUGACUAAAAAGCCGUGAUUGAGGAAUUUAUCUCGUUGAAGAAACAUUGGGUACAAUUCUAAGGUACUAACUUUAACUAUUUUGUAAUAAUAUAUUUGUCUCUUCUAUUAUAAUGCUUCAUUGAAUUACUACUCCGUAUUAUAUUAAGGUUAUAACUUAUAAUAAUAAUCGCCUAAUUUUUUUUUGUUUAAAUUAUCGCCCCCCCAAUAUCAAUUUCCUGGGUCCGCCCCUGAUCGUAAUUAAAGGGUUCAUCAUGAAACGCUGGUUCUGUAAUUAGUAAUUAGAUAUUUGAGUUAUUAAAUGACCUGGGGUAUAGCAUGCAGCCUUCCAUCCAUCUCGCUGUCAUGCUUUGUUGACAUAAUCCGUUCUCUUAUCUUCCUUAUUCUACAUAUUUUCAUACUCCGUACUACAAUUGUUCAUUAAUAGUAAUUAUAAUAUUAACUAUUCUUUUGCUUUUGCUCAUUAUUACUAUAUUACAAGACUAAUUCAUAUUUUUGAAAUAUUUAUUUG